AUGGCACGAUCCGGUAAAACCAUGCUCGAUUUGUUACAAGCUUGCAGGCAGAGUAAAUUUCUUAAUUUUUCCCUGGACAAUGCAAUUAUACGCGACCUAAGGCUUACCGCAAUAGGUCAACUGCUUUCCGGCAACCUACACUCCGAAUGGAAUCGACCGGGAAACACUGACGGGAGUAGUUCAGUGCCCAUUUUCUUCGGUAAAAGUAACCUUAGCUUGAAGGAGAAUAUUAUUUACGUUCAAAAACAGUACGAACUAACGAAGCUACCGUUCGGAAUAACGGUAGAGCAAAAGGAAACGAACAAACGUGUGAUGAUUGGCGAUGCUUUUAACAUGGAACUUCCGGAAACGUUAGAACUUAGCACCUCCUAUCUGUUGCCGACAACGAUGGCGAAUCAGUUUCUCUAUCAACUGCAGCGACAACGCAAAAUCUGGUGGAUGCGUUUGUCAGUCGAUCCGGGCCGGUACUUCAUCUCCGAUAUGCGCCAAACCGAGAGCAACGCAACGUCCGUUUCUAUCUGUGCCAGGUAUCUAGACCGGUUCGAUCACAAGACGGAGGUGGAGCUGGAACGGCUAGAAAUGUCGUUGAACGAAGAUAUUAAGUUGGAGUUCGUUAAGACAUCCAACACGAUCGUGCGUAUUUCAAACAAUCUGACCCGGGCUAUUGUUGCCAUUCUGAUGGACGCACUGGAGGCUGUACCGAUGGAACAAUGUGUUAAAAUUCAUCGCAAAAUCGCUCCGUACAAAUGUGGAAUUAUCUACCAGCUGGAGCAACAGUGUGAGCGAGAUACUGGUUUGCACCACGAAUUGAUCGAACUUUCAAAACAUCUAUCGUACGUACUGCGUGCCGCAAAACUUUCCGUGCACGAUGGUUCCUUCGAUCAGCUACAAUACGACCAUCAAUUAGCUCAACUAGACCAGAUCGGUGUGCCUUAUGUUUUGCUUUUAAACGCCCAAACGCUUCACACCGGGUUACUGCAGCUUCGUUCACGUGAUACCACCCUAUCCGAAACGAUUCAUCUGUCCGAUCUACCAGAUUAUUUAUCAAAAAUUAUAAAUGCUUAAUGGUGAACUAACGUGACGCGUGUGAAACCGGCAUGUGUGUGUGUAGUGAAAUAAAAAAUAAACCGCUUAGAAGAAAUCGCUCAAA